AUGCCUCCACGAUUGAACUUCCAUGGCGCCAGCCGGUCCCUUGCGAUACGGUCAAGGCCUUCAGUUGCCCUACGCCAACCCGGAAUUGCACAGGUCAUCGCGCGGAGAGGCUAUACGGAGAAAGAGGAACAGCCACCAGGUGGCCCCAAUCAAAGUGGUCUUCCACCUGUGAGUGAGGAGGCAGGAGACUAUGGCAAAGUGAAGGGGGAAACACAGCCAGAUGUAGGACAAGGGACACCUGUGCAAGAAAUCCUCAAGCGCGACCAAGAGGGCAAGGACAAUGCUCCUGACGUGAUUAAGGAGGAGAUAGGUGGGGCCAAAGCCUCCGCAGAGACAAUGACCUUCGAGAACCUGCUUGCAUUGGGCCAGAUGGAGAACAUCUCAAACGGUGGCCUAGCAUCAGAUCCCGUAACCACCAUUGGCCAUAAAUACGGUUUGCCUGAGCUGCCAUUGCCACCUACUAGCAACCUUCAUUACCGAUACGACCCAGUCAUUAAUCAAGUUACGAAUCUCUUGAUGAAGCAUGGCAAGCUGAGCGCUGCCCAAAGGAACAUGGCAUUCAUUCUAAACUACCUCCGCACAGCUCCUCCCCCUACGCCUAAUCCAAUUCGUCCUCUCCUUCCCGGUUCUCCCCAUCCCUCACACUUACCUCUCAACCCCAUCGGCUACCUCACUCUCGCCAUCGAUUCCAUCGCCCCCCUGAUCCGCAUCCGCUCGCAAAAGGGCGCCGCCGGAGGUGGUGCCGCGUUACAGAUCCCCGUCCCCUUGGGCUUACGGCAAAGGAGACGGCAGGCUGUAGAAUGGAUCCUAGACUCGGCAAACAAGAAGAAAUCACGAGGCAGCGGAAAGGACCAAUUUGCUCAACGCUUUGCCGAGGAAAUCAUCAGUGUUGUAGAGGGCAAGAGUAAUGUUUGGGAGCGGAGGAAUUUGGUACACAAGAACGGAACGUCAGCGAGAGCGAAUUUAGCCAUUAUGCAGAGGAGGAGGAGAUGA